UAUAAACAAACCCGAGUUGAAAUAAAUGGCGCUGUUGGAGGCGGCACCUGCAGAUACCGCUUGGCGGAGAUGUCAGACACGGACAGCGAGGAAGCGGCGGCGGCGGCGGCGGCAGCAGCAGCAGCCAAGCCCUUCUCCCUGGCCGCAUUGCACUUCGGCAACAUUAACGACCACGGCCAGCUCGAGGGAGAAGAGCUCUUCGACGAGGAAACAAAAAAACGUUUGGCUGAUCUAGGGGCAAUGGAUCUGGGGAACUACAUAACCGAAGCCACAGCCGGUGAAUAUGAUGCUUCUGUGGUAGAUGAAGUCCAGAUGGAUGAGGAAGGCUGGGUUAAGAGUAAUGACAAUGCUGUUGAUUAUUCUGACAUUACCGAGCUGGUUGAAGAUGAUGUCCACAGUGGGCAGGCGGUAUGCAGCCCUCAGCUAGUUGUGAGGGCAGGUGGUGUUUCUGUUUCUGGCUCUGAAGAAACCAGUUCCAGGCUGAUGGCUCCUUCGCCACCACAUCCAGCACUGGUGAAGGAGGCUGAGGAACAGGACACAACUUAUUUUGGGAAUGAAGACAGCGAGAAUGCCAUCCAGCAGCCCACCAUUUCCUCUUCCGAAUCUGAGCAGCAGUCCAAGGAAGACAAGUCUACAUUUCCGCUUGCAGGGAUAAUGCAGCAAGAUGCCACCAAGCAGCUGCCCAGCGCCACAGACCUGUUCCCUGAAUUCCGGCCAGGCAAGGCGCUGCGAUUUCUGCGCCUCUUUGACCCUGGCAAAAAUGCCCCAUCUGUCUGGAGCACAGCCCAUGGGAAGCUCAAGAAGAAGAAGAAGCACCAGAAAUCAACUCAGAAAGUACAGUUCCAGAAAGGAGAAGCUGCUACUGAGGAAGGCACAGAAGGCAAAUCGUCCUGGGAGUACAAGUUUGCCCCAACUCCUCCUCCGGAGCAGUGCCUUUCUGACGAUGAGAUCACCAUGAUGGCACCGGUGAAGCCCAAGGCCUCCCAGUCUACGAAAAACACGAAGGUGGCAGCCCCCACGUCCAAGGUGGCUGAAUGGCGCCAUGGGCCUGCCAAGUUGUGGUAUGACAUGUUGGGCGUCCCCGAGGACGGCAGCGGCUUUGACUAUGGUUUCAAGAUGAAGGAGCACAAAGAGGAGGAGGAGACUCCUAAGGCUGAGAAGGACAAUCUGCUGUCAGAUGAGGACUUCCUCAUGGUGACCCAGAAGCACUGGGAGGAUGACGUGAUCUGGAACGUGGAUGACAUCAAGGAGGAUCCCAAGGCAAAGCAAGCGAGGCAGGAGGCCUGGUUGCCGUCCAGUAUGAAGACAGGUGCCGCCACCACCAGCACCCAGCAAGCAAAUCAGGAAGAAGGCAAGCCGUGGUACUCUAUUUUCCCCAUUGAGAACAGAGAGCUCAUUUAUGGCCGUUGGGAGGACAACAUCAUCUGGGACCAUGAGGCAAUGGAGAAUGUCUUCACUCCAUCGGUUAUGACACUUGACUCAGACGAUGAAAAUCUAGUCCUGGAAAUUCCUGAGGAGGAGGACGAGGGGAUGUUGAACACUCCUUCUGAAAAUAAGAAAAAACCUUCUCAAAGGAAUAGCCGGAUUCUCCUGAUCAAGACGGGAGUUAUUCAGGAGGAGGCUCAACAGAAUAUGUCUGACCCAGAGGUGAAGGACCCCUGGAACCUCUCGAAUGAUGAAUUUUACUAUCCAAACAAGCAUAGGCUUCAUGGAACCUUUGGAGGCAACAUCAUCCAGCACUCAAUUCCUGCAGUGCAGCUUCAACAGCCCUUCUUCCCCACCCACCUGGACCCCACAGAGCUUCGCCAGCUGCACCGGCCCCCCUUGAAGAAAUAUUCCGUUGGGGCCUUGUCCCAGCCUGGCCCCCAUCCAGUGCAAUCACUACAAAACCACAUCGAGAAGAAAGCCAAGAUGAGAAGGAGUGCGCUGCAAGCCUCUGGUGGUGGGGAGAUGUUCUUCAUGCGCACUCCGCAAGACCUCUCAGGCAAGGAUGGAGACCUUAUCCUAGCGGAGUACAGUGAGGAGAACCCCCCCUUAAUGAUGCAGGUUGGCAUGGCAACCAAGAUCAAGAACUACUACAAGCGGAAGCCGGGUAAAGAUUCAGGUCCCCCUAAGCAGCCAUAUGGGGAGACCACCUACUGCCAAACCUCCCCCUUCUUGGGUUCUCUUUACCCAGGCCAGCAACUCCAGGCAUUUGAAAACAAUCUCUUCCGGGCUCCGAUUUAUCAUCACAAGAUGCCGGAAACAGACUUCUUAGUUAUCCAGGAUCAGAAUGGUUACUACAUCCGGGAUUUGCAGGAUAUCUUUGUGGUUGGACAGCAAUGUCCUCUCUUUGAAGUUCCUCAACCCAACUCCAAACGUGCCAAGACUCACAUUCGAGACUUUCUCCAGGCCUUCAUAUACCGCCUGUUCAGUAAGAGAGACGAACCCCAGAGGAUCCGCAUGGAGGAUAUCAGGAACGCAUUUCCUUUGGUCUCAGACACCAGAGUCCGGAGGCAGCUGAAGCCCUGUGCAGUUUAUGAGCGCACACAGAUGUACUCAAACUGGUGGAAACUAAAGCCAGGUUUCAGGCUGCCCACCGAAGAGGAGAUAAGAGCAAUGGUGUCUCCAGAGCAGUGCUGCGGCUAUUACAGCAUGAUCUCUGCCGAACAGCAUUUGAAGGAUGCAGGUUAUGGGAUGAAAUCCUUCAUUGCCCAAGAAGAAAAAGAAGAGGAGGGAGAGCAGCAAGGAGGAGAAAAGGAAGAAGAAAGCAAUCUGAAGAUAGAUGAUGAGAUACGCUGUGCCCCCUGGAACACUACGCAGGCCUUUAUUGCAGCAAUGAACGGGAAAUGUCUCUUGGACGUGACUGGAGUGGCAGACCCUACAGGAUGUGGAGAAGGAUUCUCCUAUGUGAAGAUCCCACACAAGUCAUCUCAGCGGAAACAGGACGACAAGCCGCUCCAGAAGAAGACAGUGACUGGGUCGGAUGCAGAUCUCCGGCGUCUGCCACUCAAAAGUGGCAAGCAGAUGCUGCGACAGUUUGGAAUUCCUGAAGAGGAGAUCAACAAGCUUUCCCGCUGGGAGAUUGUUGAUGUCGUGCGUGCGAUAUCCACAAAGCAGGCUCGCUUUGAUGAAGAAUUGACAAACAAAUUUGCCCGUGGUUCUCGCUUCUCUGCAGCAGAGCAGAAGGAGAGGUACAAGGAGAACUGCCAACGCAUCUUUGACUUGCAGAACAAAGUUCUGGCGUCCACUGACAUCUUAUCUACAGACACUGACAGUAGCUCUGCUGAGGACAGUGAUGUUAAGGAGAUGGGGAAGGAGACUGAGAGCAUGGUACAGGACAACAAGACAAGUAUCAACCACAAGGAGAGGAGUGUGAAGAACCAGAAGGACGGAAAAGAGCUGUCCUCCACCCCUGGCAACCCAGGAGAGCCAAGCGAUAGCAGUGGCAUGGCUUCUGCGACCAGCCCUGGUCCUGCCACCACUUCCGCCCCCCGCUGCUUGAAAAUCUUCCGCACUUUCCGCGAUGAGGACGGGAAGGAGUACGAGAGAUGCGAGACGGUCCGCAAUCCAUUGGUCAUCAACGCCUACAUGAAGAUAAGGAAAACCAAGGAUGAUGAGUUCAUCCGGAGGUUUGCCAUCUCAGAAAAGCAGCGUCAGAAGCUGCGGUGUGAAAAGCGCCAGAUUCAGUUGAAGUUGAUGCGGCUUAAACGAAAGAAAGAGAAGGAGCAGCAGAAGGCUCCUCCCAAGAAGAAGCUCAGGUUGGAGAAGAUUAAGUGUGGUGCUUGCGGGUCCAGUGGGCACAUGAAGAACAACAAAAUCUGCCCAGCCAAACUGCCCUCCAAGCCUGUCGCCAUGACGGUGGAGCAGGAGGAGGAGCUGGAGAAGACCAUCAUCCCCACCGAUGACAGUGAGCUGAUCAAAGUGGAGGGAACCAAGAUUGUCUUAGGGAAGCAACUCGUUGAGAGCGCGAAUGAAGUUCGCAAGAAGUCUUUAGUCCUGAGGUUCACAAAAGAACAGCUUCUGCAAAAGAAGGAACAGGGCUCUGGAACCACGGCUGCUUGUAGCUCCUUAAACCAGCCUCAGAAGUCCAGCCACCAGGGGAGCACCCCCCCCAUAGAGAUACUGUCUUAUAUCCUGGAAGGCAUUAUCAACGAAAUGCAAGAACUUCCAAAUACAUGUUACUUCCACAAGCCUGUUAGCAGGAGGGGUGUCAGAAAUUAUCGCAAGAUCAUCAGCCGACCAAUGGAUCUGUACACCCUGCGCCAGAAUGUCCGUAAGCUCUCUUACAAAUCGAGCAAAGAAUUCCGAGAGCACCUGGAGCUGAUUGUGAAGAACAGUGCCACGUUCAAUGGGCCAGAGCACAAGUUGACUCAGAUUGCUCAGUCAAUGCUGGACUUCGGUGAUCAAAAAUUGAAAGAGAAGGAAGAUAAACUGGCUCGUUUGGAAAAGGCAAUUAAUCGCCUUCUGGAUGAUGUUCAUCAAGCGACCUUCUCCUAUAUUCUGGACAAGAUUGUAUCCCAGAAGAUAAAGGCUGUUCCUCAUGCCAGGCUCUUUUUCCGUCCUGUAAACAGGAGACGCGUGCCAAAAUAUUACAAAGUCAUUGUCAGCCCGAUGGACCUGAGGACUAUCAGCAAGAACAUCUCCAGACAUAAAUACCAGAACCGAGAAGUCUUUAUGGAUGACGUGAAACUGAUCCUUGCCAACAGCAUUAAAUACAAUGGUCCUGACAGCCAGAACACAAAAACAGCUCAAGAGAUGGUGGACAUCUGUUACAAGGCACUAGGAGAGUAUGAUGAGCACUUGACCCAGCUUGAGAAGGAUAUCUCUGCUGUUAACAAAGCAGUCUUAGAGGAGGCAGACCUGGAGAGCUUUGGCCCAACCAUCUCUCAGCCCUGUAUGCCCCAGAAAGUGGAAGGUGAAAACAGAGACUUGGGUGAAAAGGAAGAAGGUUCAGUGCAGCAGCCUCAGGCCAGCAUGCAUUAUGAAGACUUGACCCUGUCAGAUAACGAGGAGAGUGACAGCAGUGGCAAGGAAGACGAUGACACUUUCACACCAAUCCAGCAAAGUGAAAGUAGCAGAGAUUCAGGUGCAGGAUCCUCUGCAGUGAGACCGAGACAGCCUUGUGUUCUUCAAGAGAAUGUGCAAAUAGACAAAGACAACAAAGACAGCAUGAUGUCGUAUGAGGCAGCAGGGAAGAUUUCACAUGCCAUGGAGUAUAGCAGUGCCAGUAGCCACGAGGACGAGGAAGAAAGUGACGACCUCCCUUCCAUUGCAGGAGAUAGUGAUCUGGAUUCAGAUGAAUAAAACACUUUAUUGGGGAUCAUGAUAAGAUUGCAUCAUGGUCUCAGUGUAUAGAUUUUUCAUUGUUAUCCAAUGAAACGCUGCUGCUAAACUAAGACACUUGUUGUUGAUUCAUUCUUUUAUGAAUCAAUACUGUGUUUAGGAUGUAUAUAAAGGUAAAUUAAAAAUUACCCUUAACUGCA